ACGGACGCUCAGAGCCACCUCCUCUUCCCCGGCAUCCACGACCAGCACGGCCCCCACGCCUCCCAAAACGUCCUCAACGGGCAGAUGCGCCUGGGCUUGCCGGGGGAGGUGUUCGCCCGGUCGGAUCAGUACCGCCAGGUCUCCAGCCCCAGGACUGACCCCUACUCGGCGGCUCAGCUGCACAACCAGUACGGCCCCAUGAAUAUGAAUAUGGGCAUGAACAUGGCAGCCCACCACCACCACCACCCAGGUGCCUUUUUCCGCUACAUGCGGCAGCAGUGCAUCAAGCAAGAGCUCAUCUGCAAGUGGAUCGACCCCGAGCAGCUGAACAACCCCAAAAAAAGUUGCAAUAAAACUUUCAGCACCAUGCACGAGUUGGUCACCCACGUCUCGGUGGAGCACGUUGGGGGACCCGAGCAGAGCAACCACGUCUGCUACUGGGAGGAGUGUCCCCGGGAAGGCAAGCCCUUCAAAGCGAAAUACAAACUGGUCAAUCAUAUCCGAGUGCACACGGGAGAGAAACCCUUCCCCUGCCCCUUCCCCGGCUGCGGAAAAGUUUUCGCCAGAUCGGAAAACCUCAAAAUUCACAAAAGGACGCACACAG